UCCUUUCCCUUUCCGCUGUCUCCGCCUCCGGAAGCUCGAGCCAGACUGCUGGGAGCCGCGAGCGGAGGUUGCGUGCGCGCGCUAGCGUGUGCGCGCGAGCCUGCAACGCCUCGGGCGGCGCGCCAGGCGGUCGCAGCGGCCCCGGCACCCAGAUAUAUUUUUGCCAUCAUGGAUCGUUUUGGAGAUGUAUCAGAAGGUGAAGUGGACCAUUCUUUCUUUGACAGUGACUUUGAAGAAGAAAAGAAAUGUGAAAGUAACUCAGUUUUUGACAAACAAAAUGAUGACCCUAAAAGGAGAAUAGACGAAGAUACAGAAAAUGUAAACUUGAAAUUUGGAAUACAAAGAAAGGAAAAUGAAAUAAAAAAGAAAAUUCUUCCAGAAGAACACCCCGUAGAAAAUGAUAAUAUGCGAACCAGAAAUUCUUUAUCAUUGUCCACUUCAAGAUCAAAAAAAUUGUGGGAUGCUACAACAGGGCAUAAAAUACACUUACCCACUCCAAGUAGAAUUCCCAAAAUUGUGAAAGAAGGUGACAAUGAUUAUUAUACAGAUGGAGAGGAGAGCAGUGAUGAUGGGAAAAUGCAGCAUGUCAGGUCCAAGUCAGCUAAACCACCUAAUAACCUUAAAAAAAACAUAAGUAAAAAGUAUUCCAAAAGUAAUUCUUCUUCCUCCUCUUCCUCUUUGUCUUCCUCAUCUUCAAGUUCAGGUACAGAUUGUUCAGAUGCAGGGUCUGAUAACUGUAUUUCUGAUACAUCUCCAUCAUUAAAGAAACGUCUGUCUGGUGUAACCCACUUGUCACCAAAACAGAAAUAUAAAUCAGGAGUAAAAUCAACAGGAACACGACCUUCAAGUACUAAACCAAAAGUCAAUGACUACACUGAGGAAUCUGAAGAUACUGUGACAGAUGUCACUCCUCUCUCAACUCCAGACAUCAGCCCUAUUCAGUCUUUUGAACUGGGAGCAUCAAAUGAUCAAAAAGUAAAAGUUAAAAGGCAAGAAAACGUGAGUCAAGAAGUAUAUGGAAAUGUUGAGGAUUUAAAAAAUAAUUCAAAAUGUUUGAAAUCAACCAAAAAGGGAAAAGAAAAAACUGGGCCUGAUCUCACUCCAGAAUCUUCAGUGUUAGAUUCCAACGUAGACCAUAGAUAUAAACAAAAAGUCUUACAUGACACAAUGGACCUCAAUCAUCUUUUGAAAGCUUUUCUGCAAUUAGAUAAAAAAGGACCGCAAAGACACCACUUUGAUCAGCCUUCAGUAGCACCAAGGAAAAACUACUCUUUCACAAGAGAGGAGGUGAGACAGAUUGAUAGGGAAAAUCAGAGGCUUUUGAAAGAACUCUCAAGACAGGCUGAAAAAUCAGGAAGCAGAAGUACGAUUUCUAGAAGAUCAAUUGUUCAUCCCCCUAAGUUAUAUCACAGUGCCCUCAACAGGCAGAGGGAACAACAAAGGAUUGAAAGAGAAAAUUUGGCUUUAUUGAAAAGACUUGAAUCUGUGAAACCAACCGUUGGUAUGAAACGCUCUGAACAACUGAUGGACUAUCAUCGCAAUAUGGGUUAUCUCAGCUCAUCACCAUCCACCAGACGAGUGAGAUCAACUCUUGGCCAGUAUAGCCCGUUAAGAGGAGCUUCUAGAACAUCCAGUGCUACCAGUGGUCUCAGUUGUAAGAGUGAGCGACCAGUUUUUGACACAUCCAGUGGCCUGUUGCUAAGACCUAAGCCCCCUAAUGUUCGUACAGCUUGGUUAUAAAAACUCUUUUUACUUUAAACAUUGUUCAUCCAGUUCUUACUGAAGUGCUCUUGUAUAUUAUUAUAAUUCUCUGUGUAAACGUCUGUAAUUUAAAAUUUACAACAAUGAAUUGUAAUUUUAUUGUAAUUCAAUGCAAAAUUGUUUAAAAAAAAACCAGUUUAAUGUAAAAUCAGUGUUUCCUAUGAGGAUGUAUUUCUAUGAGAGGUAUAUGUAUUUGAUAGAAAAAUGGUAGUAUGCAUGUAUAUUUUCUCAACAUAGAAAAUGAUUCAGCUCUUACACUGACAAAACAGUUGUGAUAAUAUCACACUGUAUGUCGGACCCAAGAUGUUAACUACAUUGUUCUUGUUUUAUGUUUUUUUUUUUAAUUUUUUAUAAGUUUUAAACCAUGAUCGUAGCUCCUAAAUAUAACUUUGUUUUCUCUUUGCUCCCGAAUUCAGGUGGUAUAACUCUUAAUUUGAUUGUAAGACUUGAUUGUAUACUCACUGUGAAACGAAACUUGAAAUUUGUUUCCAUUGGUGGAGCUGAUUUAGAUUUGGUGAGCAGACUGAGAGAAGCUUGUACUAGGGCAGCCCUUGUGAUUCACCAAAGGCAUCUACUACCUCCAUAUGAGUACGUGUGCUGAGUUAGAUCUUAAAAAUCUGAUCAACCAUUCCAAACCGUUUCAAACUGUGAGUAUUAGAAAGUUCAUCUUGGAAGGAAGCUCCUCCUCUUCCAUGUUCUUACACAUUCAGGUAAAGUACCACUAACGAUUCUGAGAAAUGAGGUAGACUUUAGAGUCACAGUCCGCUACGUUGUGAAUAGGUUGUCCAAGGACCAGAUCACCGCAAGCAAAAGCAACUAUUUGUCGAGCACAAUAGCACCACCAGUUUGAAAAGGCAAGAAGCAGAUCCUGAGUUGUGUCAGAACAGUGUUUUAAGUGAUACUGUUAACAAGUUGUGUUACGUUUCAGUGUUUACUGUAUUCAGAGAGGAGAUAAAUAAGAAAUGUGUGGUCUUAAAGCUUUGGAAAUUCCAGCUACUAUUUUUAGGGACUGAGAAAGAAAAUUAAAAUAUGAAUGGUAGAGGAGAAAUAGCACACAUUUUGUUGAGGCUACUUUAAAUGAUGUCAGCUAAUUUUCUUGUUUGGUUGGGGCUUUUGAGUUGAAUUCUGGCAGAACCAUUUUUGCCAGUCCCACUUUGCAAAUCCUAGUAAUCUUAAUGGAAUUAGUAAGGGCAAAUAGGGUGUCAUAUAGUUGACAAAUCAGAAUAUUUCUCUGUCCAUCUGUGGGCUCUCAUUUCAUAUAGCCGAGUACAUCUCGGUCAUGGCCGCUUCUUCUGUCUUGGUCAUCGCGGAUGCAUUAUCACUGUUUCUUUACUGGCCUGUUCAGUAUGCCUUUAGGAUGUACUGGGAAGUUUCCAUAUUAAAUGCCAAAUCUUUCUUUUUUUAAUGUGAAUUCUUGCUCUGUAGCCGCGAUAAUAUUUGUUGUUUGUUUUUUCAAGUUAACUCAAGCUUUUGUAGCAUGUGGACUGAACUUACUUUUCUAACCACCUUGGGCAGUAAGCCAAACAUCAUGUUGCUAAAUAUCUAUUCAGAAUUUCUUGGUCUUAAGUUGCAAUUGAUAGAUUUUGUCAGAAGAUAGGGCCUGUGAAGUGUGGCAACAGUGGUGUUGAAAAAAAUUCAUGUGAACACAACCUGACAGAUUUUUCUGCUUCUUUCUUUGGGCUGUAAUGUUCAUUCAUUGUUAUUUGAAGCUCUCUUCUGGUGCCCACGUUUUUACAUCAUUUAGCACUCUGCUUUAUUUAUUAACUUUAGCUCUGCUAAACCAGGGGUGUUUUGUUUUCUUUUGUGUUUAGCUUACUGCACUUUUAAUGUUUGUAUAACAACUUAUCUUUAAGAAGAGAUAAGGUAAUGCUGAAUUUGGACACCCGCCUGAUAUGGUAAGCCAGUUUUUAGAAAUUGAUUUUUAAGUUGUUAGGGAAAAUCUAUGUAUAUAUAUCUAUAUCUAGAUAUAGAGAUAGAUAGAUAGAUAGAUAUAGAUAUAUAAAAAUAUAAACCUUUUAUGUUCAUGACAUUAGUCUCCGAAUAUAUUUUACAUGGCCUUUGCUGUCAUAGGUCAGGAUUACAACACAUAGUUUUUAUAGAUCAAGCUAUACCUGGAUUUUAGAUACUAAUUUCAUGCCUUCAGUUUUUACUGCUUUGACGGCGGGUUCAUCAAAGUGUUGCUGAUAGCUGGGAUCCAACUUGGAGUAAAAGUUGGGAAUUCCGAGCAGCAAUGUUCAUCCUUUCAAAGCAGAAUUCACAGGUCUGUCGUCAUGAGUAGUUACAUACGAUAAGUAAAAAUAGAAGGAUAGGAGUGGAAGAAUAUACUAUUUUCUGAUAUAAGCCAAGCUACUUUGAAGGUUUAAGGGACACUUUUAUGAAGGAAUCGUAAGUAUACUAUUUUUAUUUUCAAGAACUUCUAAAAGGUGAAGGAUCACCUAGCACCACUACAUAUUAGGUUCACUUGGUCCUAAUAUAUAUACUUUGGAAAUUUACAUCUGCAACUGGAAGUUAUAAUCCAGAAUCUAAAAUUAUCAGGCAAGAUUCUUAUUGAGAGUUAUUUUCAUAUCUGUCAAAUGUUCAACUAAUGUUGCCUCCAUUUUAACAAGAUUUUAUGAGAGAUUUUGAACUAUUGAGAUUAUUUCCUAAGGGAUACCUAUUUUAUCUCACACUUUCCCUAUUAAAAAGCUGCUUUCUUAGCUACUACUCCGAAUAAAAGUUUUCUGGUUUACUUAUAAAUGGAGUGUAAUGCAGUUCUCAAACCAUUAACCCAGUGUCCAAAAAUGGUACGGGAGAAACUUUAGAAAGAGGUCAUCGUGAUACGUGUGUGCUUCUCCUGUUCAGAUUCAGGCACUGCACACUAUGCAAAGUGUUAUGGCCAGUAGAAGUUGGAGACACAGUUGAAUUUAUUAUAUUUUAGUAAUUAAAUUUAUAAGAUGUUUAGUAUCUUAAACGCCAAAAUCUUAACCUAUAAAUGAUUGUAUACCAUCCUAGGAAAUGUGCUUAAUGCUAAUGGCUACUUUAUUUCCAUGAAUAAAGAUUAGUAAUAAACUUAAAAAUCAA